AUGCCGACGGUUCCCAUUGUCGCUGAAGAGCUCUACGAGCGCCUCAGCAGGAUUUACACUGAAGAUGAGCUGGACGCUCUGUGCUUCUCCUUCGGCGUCGAGCUAGACGAGGUCACCGAGCAGGACGGCCAAAAGGUGCUGAAGAUCGACGUUCCAGCAAACCGCUAUGACUUGCUGUGCGUUGAGGGCCUCGGGAGGGCCCUGAAGGUUUUCCUUUCGCAAUCCCCUCUCGAGGUUACCCCCCAACUCCGCCACUCGGGAGUGCCUCGGAUAUCAAUGCGCGUCAAGGCAUCAGCUCAGGGGCCUCGGCCCUUCAUCGCCUGCGCAGUGCUACGGGGCGUCAGACUAAACCAGCGGCGUCUGCAGUCGUGCAUUGAGCUGCAAGAUAAGCUCCACCACACGCUGUGCAGGCGUCGAGCGUUGGCAUCGAUCGGGACAUACGACUUGUCCAUGCUGGAGCCUCCCUUCACCUAUGAGGCGCUGCCUCCCCAGGAAGUCUGCUUCCAGCCGCUAGGCUGUGGAGCGCUUCCCCCAAUGACAGGCCCGGAAAUCCUUGCCCAUUUCAGCAACCACACUCAACUCAAGCAAUACCUGCACAUGCUGGAGGGACAGCCGCGACUGUACCUACUAAGGGAUGCAAAGGGCAAUGUGCUCUCGAUGCCUCCUUUGAUCAACUCCGAUUUUUGCCGCCUCACGGAGGCCUCCAGAGACAUCUUCAUAGAUUGCACCUCGGUGGAUGCGAGGAAGGGCGAGAUGGCUCUAGUAACCGUCGCUGCAAUGCUCGCAGAAUAUUGCGAAGAGCCGUUUGCCAUUGAACCCGUUAGGGUCAUCUACGAGGAGGAGGGUAGAGAAACCAUUACGCCGUCUAUAGAAUCGCGCAAGGUCUCUGUCGAUAUGGCUACAGUGCGACAAAUUUGCGGCCUGAAGGACCUGCCGGCUGCAGAGGCUGCGCAGAAGCUGUGCCGCUUGAUGCUUCCCGCCAAGCCUGAUCCUAGCGAUCCGCAAAACAGCAUCCUCGUUUCAGUGCCGCCCACGCGAAUGGAUGUGAUGCAUCCGUGCGACAUUGCCGAGGACGUGGCCAUAGGGAUCGGCUUUGACCGUCUCCCGGUGACGCCUGCACCCAAAUUGCCUGCGAAUCGUCGCUCUUUGCUGACGCAAAGUCUCCGCACGCUGUUGACGUCUUUAGGAUUCACGGAGUGCCUCACCUUUGCACUCUGCAGUGCAGAAGAUAACGCACAGGCCAUCAGGAAGCCUUUGCACCCCCACUUCGAGCCAACCACGAACUACGACCCGCUGGAGGUCGGAGACGUCGUGAUUAGGGAUGACAGGACAGAGACAGGGAGUCGUAAUCUUCUUUACUGCUGUGCUGCUUUCGCUGAUGAGCAUGGCAGUGGUCUUGAGGAGGUGCACGGCUUGGUAGACGCCGCCCUUGAGGCGCUGGGUUUAAUUGGGGACUAUGAAGUUGCUGAGAGAAAGAAUGCAGUGGCAGCAGGACGCGAGGAGCAGAGGGACGCCCUGAAGAACUCGGAGAAAAUGAGAAUAUUUUCCCUCAGGACUACCAACCUCCCGACGUUUUUGCCAGGACGCCAAGUGGAAAUCUCCGUAUGCCGCCUUCCUGGCAUGCCAACUAACGAGGAGGGCAAGGAAACAGCGCGUUUGACCCUUGGGCACAUGGGGACACUCCAUGUGGACUGCCUGCGCAACUUCGGGUUGGCUGUUCCGGUGUCUACGGUUGAGUUCACGCUCGAGCCUUUUUUGGAAUGGCUGCCGGAAACAGAGCUGAUAUUUGCCUAA